AUGGGGGACUUCGCCUCCCCCGCUGCCGGACCCAACGGCAGUAUCUGCAUCAACAACAGCAUGAACCCGGCCGCCGGGAGCGUGGUGCCCGCCGGGGCGGUGGGCAUAACUAAGCACAGCACGGUGGUGGAGAGGCUGAGGCAGCGGAUAGAGGGCUGCCGGAGACACCACGUCAACUGCGAGAACAGGUACCAGCAAGCCCACGCCGAGCAGCUAGAGAUAGAGCGGAGAGAGACGGUCAGCCUGUACCAGCGGAGUCUGGAGCAGAGGGCCAAGAAGUCGACCGGCGGCAGCAGCAGCAAGCAGCCGCAGAGCAAGCAGCCGGACCCGGACUCUGCCUCCUCCACGGAACAGAGGAAUAACACGCUCAUAGCGCUCCAGGAGACUGUGAAGAGGAAACUGGACAGUGCACGAUCGCCACUCAAUGGAGAACAGAACGGCAUCUGUGAUGGAGGCAGCUACUCACCAACCACCAAACGGGUACGGAAGGAUGGCUCAGGUGGUCUGGAUUCGCUAACUGGUCUCCCUAACAACAACAAUAACAACAAUGUUCCACCCAUCUCUCCACUGCAUCACCAAAUGGACAUUAAGCCCAUACUUGGUGGGCCCAACACUUCCACAGGAAACAACACUACAAACAGUAAUGGCAACCAUGUAGGCCAGGCAUCAGAUGAGCUGGGGAAGAACGGUGGCAGCCAUCUAUCGGACAUGAAGCUGAACGGUGCCCUGCCGGACCUGGAGGACAGCUUCAGCCUGCUCAAAGACCUGAAACAGGAGCCACUUGAUGACGGAGGCGGGAUGGAGUCCUCUGAUCCCCAGUCUCUGUCCAAUCAGAACAAACUGUUCUCGGACAUCAACCUCAAUGACCAGGAGUGGCAGGAGCUGAUCGAUGAGCUGGCCAACACUGUGCCAGAGGACGAUAUGCAUGACCUCUUCAAUGAGGACUUUGAGGACAAGAAAGAGGCAGAGUUUGGCAGGCCAGCAAACAAUCAGACACCGGGCCCACAGGAAGCAGGGGGGAAUACGACGGCACCUGGAGGGGGGGCGGCACCUGUGGCAGCCCUGCCUCCUCCUCCUCAGCCUCCACAGGGAGGCCCACAGGUUCCCAUGGGUUCACCACAGGUCCGACCAUCAUCGUCAGGCCCUCAGUUUGCCACCACUGCCAAUGGAACGCCUCCACAGCAACCUUUGCAGCAGUCUCCAGCCGUUGCCAUGGCAUCAGGUUCCCCAUUGCACAACUGUGUGGCUCGCUCCCCUCAGACCCCAACCCAGGCUCAGACGCAAGCAGUCUCUAGGCCUGGGAAUGGAUACAUGAUGAACCCAGGCCCAGGGGUCAGUCAGGCGGGCACAGGACCCGGAGCGGCUGGGGUUCCCCCUGGAGGUCAGCCUGUUGGGCCAGUGACGCCUGAACUCUCUCCAGCAGAGCAGCUAAAAGCAAUGGCUCAGCAACGUGCUAAACUGCUUCAGCAGAAGCAGCAGCAGCAACAAGCAGCUAACUGGUCUCCUGCAGGUGCUCCAACUAGUCCCUACAACUCUGGUCCCUUUAACCAAGACAAACCCAACAGCCCCAUGAUGUACCCACCACAAGCCUUUAACACACCACAGGGCCCUCUAGUGGCUGGGAUGGCCCCUAACAAUGGGCCUAAAGCCCCCAUGAACAACUACCUCCCUCACAACCACAUGGGCAUGAUGGGCCAGCAGCAGCCAAACAGCAUCAACCAGAACGCCCUGUCCAAACAACAGCAGCAACAGCAGCAACAAACAGCAGCCAUGUUGUCCUACAACAACACCAAACCGCUGAGUCACUUUAGCGGCAGUGGGGUUGAUCACAUAGGCCAGAGGAUGACUCCACCCAUGGGAGGGAACAAUCAGGUGAAGAACCCCAUGAUGCCUCCUUACAUGGGUGGUGGUGGAGGCGGCGGCCAGGGCGCAGGGCCAGGGCAGACCCAGGGGCCAAUCCCAGGACAGACAGCCCACCUGAGUGAGGAGCAGAAGAGGAUGUUGCUGAUGAAGCAGAAGGUGUUGAAUCAGAACAUGCCCUACAGCACCAUGCAGCCUCAUGGACAGGAGCAAGGUGUGGUGGGAAUGUCACGGCCACCAGGCGCCAUCCCGCCUCCUCACCCUGCUGGUGGCGUGGCCUCAGGGGUGGGACCUAACCAGGGGUCAGGUCCACCUCCAGGAUACGUGGGCAACCAGCAGCAGGCAGCCAUGAUGAAACAGAUGAUGGCGUUGGAGCAAGAGAAGAGGGUGCAAAUGCACAUGAUGGAGCAGCAGAAGCAGCAGCUCUUCAGAGAGCAGAGACAACAGCAGCAGCAGCAGCUACUGGCCGAACAGCUCCAACAGCAGCAGCAUCUCCCCAGACAGAUGGGUCAGGGCCAGAGGAAUCCAUACCCCCAAGUCAAUCAGUACCAAGGUCCCCCUCAAGAUCUGGCAUCCAGGAGCCAGGCUCUCCAGAGCAUUCGGGCUGCACGUCUCUUACAACAGCAGCAGCAGAACCAGCAACAGAUGGUCCAGAUGAGUUCUGUUCAGGGCCAGGGAGGCUCAGUGGGUCCCCAGACUGACAUGGGCUUACCCUAUGGCAACCAGGGUUCCAGCCAGGGUGCCCUGUAUGGGCUCAACCCCUCCAUGAGCCAAAUGAUCCACCAGCAGCAGCACCAGAGCCAAAGUGUCCAAGCCUCGAUGGGUCUUCCACCUCAGCACAACCCUGCCGGAGGGCCGCCCCGGCAAGCAGGUGCAGGUCCUGGGGUUGGAGGUAUGCCCGGAGGCCCCGGAGGCGGUGGAGCUGGAGGGUAUGGAGGACAGGGGAUGUUAAUGAACUCCAUGACCCAGCAACCCCUCAAAGGCCCUCCCAAUGCCAAAGCCCAAGCACAGAGACUGCAAAGCAUGCUGGGAGCAGGAGGAGGAGGUGGAGGAAUGGCAGCGGGUGGCUGGCCGCAGCAGCAAGGACAGAGUCUGCAGGCCAUGGGGGGAGGAGUCGGAAGGACUACAGGGGGAGGGGGAGGAGAAAUGGUGGGUUUCAGCUCCGCCCAGGGUUAUGGGAUGCAGCCCGGUCAACCCCCCCGCAUGGCCAAGCAACACUUUCAGGGCCCAGGCCAGGGGAUGAGCCAGGGAAUGGACCCUAGAGUGGGCAACCCAGCGGCUGGUAUGGGUGGCCCAAUGAUGGGCCCUCACAUGGGCGGUCAGCCAAGGACCAACCAGCCCCGGCCCAUGGUCAUGAACCAGGGGAUGAACCAGGGGGUGAUGGGUCAGGGGAUGACUGGGAUGGCAGGUUUUGGGCCAGGCCCUGGGGGGCCUGGUAUAGGGGCAGGGGGAGGAGGAAGUGGACCCUACGGACCAGGGGGAGUCGGGGUUGGAGGUCAGCCACCGGGCUACCAGAGGACAGCCAAUCAGGACAUGUCAUCCUAUGGUUAUGGGGGCGGGCCCUCAGGGGGAGGAGCUUUCGGAUUGGCCGAUGGCUCAGGGGCAGAGCUGGACUCAAGCGAUGGUUGGAUGGAGGAGUUUUUCCCAAGCCAAUAGCCACCGGGGAAACUGGAGAAGAGUUUUUACUGGAUGAACUAAACAUAAAAGCGGGACAAAAUUUAAAACCUGAGAAAGUAAAAUAAAAAGGAUGACAUGAUGUGGACUGGCAUGUUUUUGUUUUGUAAAACAUGAGCAAGAUUAUAAAUGAGUUCUUGUGUUA